UGCUGCUUUAUUAACUCGGCUUUAGUAUGUGGCUUUUGUUUUGUUGUGAAUCGGCGUAGGCGUGGCGUGUAGGUGUGUGGGAGGAGGAAUGAUUGAAUGAAUGGAUGGAUGGAUGAACAUGCGUUUUCCAUGGAUAUGUUUACAUAUGUAUGAGUCCCAGUGUGUGAGAGAGAGAGAGAGAGAGAGAGAGAGAGAGAGAGAGAGAGAGAGAGAGAGAGAGACAGAGAGAGAGAGAGAGUGUGUGUGUCUGUGUGUGUGUGUGUGUUCACAUAAAUAUGUAUAUGUAUAUAUGUGCACUUGUACAUGCGUGCAUGGUGUUGAUAAACACGAGUCAUAUGUCACUAUCACCCGUAACACCUGCUGGUGUUUCACCAAGCCAACGAUAAUUCUAUCUUUUUAUCAAACAUUCUACCGGUGCAAUACGUCAAGGGUCCUAUUUAUCCAUGAAUAAAGAGGGUGAAAUGGAGUCGGUUUAAAAUGGAACAGCUAUAGACAAAUAUUGUUGUCAUUUAAAGAGACUGUUCUGUGUUUUCAGCCGCUGUAAGAUGUUUCACACUAACUGAGCCUUUUUAGCGACUAAAAUGACAUAUUACAUACAUUUCUUAAUUCACAAUACCAGUGUCUAUAUAUCCAAAACGUUUGCGGUCUACUUCUUCAAUGUUUGUAGCAGUCACUAUUAAUUAUACUUCGUAAUAUAUGGUACGAGAUUAUUGUACUGUAAUAUCCGGUUUGAGCUACUACAAACAAGACAAGAAAAACAUUGUCUAUACAGAUAACGAUAUUCUAAACUGGAAAGUAUUUUAAAUAAGUCAUUUUAGUCAUCAAAAACGAUAAAUAAAUUUAACAUGUUACAAAAGCAGCAAACUGAUGACAGUCCAUUUAAACAUAUAAACACGCGCGCUCACACACGCACACGCAUAUACAUACACACACACGCACAUACACACGCGCGCGCGCGCGCACACACAUAUAUACACACACACACAUACAUACACACACACGCGCGCGCCACACACACACACACACACACACACACACACACACUCGUUUUAUGAAUAAUACCUCAUCAUGAUACUGUCCAAAUGAGAACGGCAAGUUCUAACCAGAGAUAUCGUGCAUUGUUGUAAGUGGAAAAAGGACUUUUAGAAACCAAGGUACACCCAUAAUAGAUUUCCAGAUAACAACAGCGGUGUGGUGCUCUUUUGUAUGAAACAAUUCCAAACCGUUCGCUCAUUCGGUCGUUACUAGCAAAACGGAUAUUAAAAACGAAGUAUUACUCCUUUCACCGCCCCUUAACCAGGCCCUACAAGGCCCCACGCCACCAAGGGAAUGAUAAAACAUUUCGCUUUUGUCAGAUUGCCUUUGUCAUUGUAUUAGCUUGAAAUCGAUGUCGCCUUGUGAAAAUAGUAGGAGCAACUUUCUUCAUACACAAUCAAGGAUGAAUGAUGAAGAAAUAGAAAAAAUCUAGGUUUGAACCCGUUUUCGUAGAUAAUAAUAAAGUUAAAAGUUCUACAAUUAUCUGAAUCUUUCAAACGACACUCUGGCGCUAAAAUCAUGCGAAAGAUACAGAGAUUUGCCUAACCAAGACAACACCAGUGUCCGACAUUAAUUGUCCAAAUUAACAAAUGUUUGACAUCCAAUAGGCGAUUAUUAAUAAAUCAAUGUGGUCUAUUGGUGUCGUUAAACAAAACAAACUCGUUCCUUCAGGUCUUGCAGUUGGCGUCUGAUGGAACACCGGUGUUGGCGCUGACGACAUCGGGUUUUCUCAUCGAGCUCGUCAUGCCAUACCAGGACGGAAGUUACAGCAGUGCCGCAGAUUUCCUCACCUCGCCGGAAGGAAUUGCAGUUAUCGUUCUUGUUAUCGUGGCGAUAAUUGUCAUAAUCAUCUUCACUGUGAUUUGCUGUCUGUUGUGCAAGAAGAAAAAGAAAAUGAAACAACACAUCACAACAGCUCCCAAGCAGGAAAAGCAAAGCAGUCUUUCGUUCAAGAAAUUUGAGAACACGACAUCCCCGGGAAUUUCGCUGAUUUCUAAUGUACCGCCAACGUCCACGACUCUUCCUCCCAUCACGCCACUAAAAGAACACGAAACAUCGGCUCGUUCGCCUCCUCCCCCGUACCACAUCAGCACAUACCUGUCCCUGGCAGCACCAAAACCAAAGGAAGUGAAAACGGCUGGAACCACAUCUUCUUCUGCAGCAGCACCGGUCAUCAAGUCAAAGCAAACGCUAGGAAAAGUAGCCACGAAGAAAACUCUUUCUGCUACCAAAUCGAAACACGCUCCUGAGCCUCCAGAGAAAGCUGAGAAAAUCUCACUGGACGACAUGAGCAUCGAUGAUAUUGACGAAGUCUCUGAACCGCUGCCAGAGAGCCAGCGCGCCAGGAAAAGUAGGUCGGGGUCUCUCUUCACGAACGAACCGCUCAUCAUCGAAGGGAAGACGUUUGAUGGCGUUGGAUUCAAUGAAGACACCAAAUGGAGGUACGUCUACAACACAAAAACCGGAAAUGCGCAGUGGAUAACCACGUCUGAUCUAAACAGUCUCGUCAACGACGGCAGCACCGAUGACGUCUUCAAGACGCCGUCCCUCAAACAGCCCGGCGGUUUUGGGGUUAGGCUGCCUGCUGUAACAUCUUUCAGGGCGGAGACACGGGACAGUGGAUUUACAUCUGCUUGAACCCCAGACGAUAAUUAUAUGAACAUCACAUGUACACACACACACACACACACACACACACACACACCACACACACAACCAAAAUACAGAAAUUAUUAUAUAGACAACAAAGACCAUAGCGAUUAUGCAGCAUAGGUUACAUAAACCCACCUGUACCCACAAGAAAAUAAUUAUAAAACAUUUUGGGACAAUUGUCAGCUAUUAAUAGGCCUAGAUCUCCGUUUUGUACUAGAUUUAAGGCAAUGAAGCGUUAUAUUACAAUGAAUAUGUCCACACCAGGUAAACAAUUAAAAUAAUGAUACAUGUAUAGGCUAUACCAGUAGUAUAGAAAUAUAUCCACAUCUAUAAAUCAUCUCUUUUGAUCCAGUAACAUUACAAUUCAUAUCUACCCAUUUGUUUUCUUCUAAUAAGCUGUAUGAUAUCCAUCAUAUAAAAUGAAAUUUUAUUUAACGAUGCACUCUAACACAUUUUUUUAUUUACGGUUAUAUGGCGUCGGGCAUAUG